AUGGAUCGGGCGGCCUUCGCCGCGUUCCAUGCCGCUCACUUUGAGGAUCCAUCACAGCGCAGUUGGUUCGCGCACCAUCUUCAACACAGUGAUGUGACAGUCCCACCCACAGCUGAGAUAGCAGAGUGGACGGACGAAGCAUGGGAAGAUACAUGGACGCAGCUACGCCCAGGCGAAAGCCUAGAGCAGUGGCAAGCACGGCACGGCGUACAGUACCUUACACCGGGCGCAGUGCGUAUGUUUGACCAAGCGCGUCGAUUUCGCGAGCAACACACCGAUGCACCAGAUACCCACGCCGUGGCGAAGCCAGGUGACCAGACUGUGCAACCUACGUCCAGCACGACGACAUCCCAGCCGGACGAACUUACUCAGCUACGUGAGCGUGCUAUAAAAGCCAUGAAAAAAGGACGUUCUCACACGUCGUCUCCAUCCAGGGCUACGAGCACCAUCACGUGA